AUGCAUCCCAAGUCCCUCCUUUCCACCCUCCUCGUCCUUCUCCCGGCCGCCUCGGCCUGGGACUCCCCCAACUACUCGGGCUUCACCCGGCUCUGGCAGGACACCUUUGCCGGGGCCGCCGCCUCGGGCGUCAACGAGGCCAACUGGCAGAUCGUUACCAACAUCAACGUCAACAACGAGAUUCAGCAAUACACGACGUCGCGCAACAACCUGCAGAUCUCGGGCGGCGAAACCGUCCAGAUCAUCCCCCAGAAGGACGCCAGCGGGCGCUGGACCUCGGGCCGCAUCGAGUCCAAGUACACCUUCACCCCGGCCGCCGGCCGCGUCACCAUCGCCGAGGGCCUGAUCCGCUUCGGCGACACCCCCAUCGCCAACAAGAAGGGCAUCUGGCCCGCCUUCUGGAUCCUGGGCGACGCCCUCCGCAAUGGAGUUAGCUGGCCCCGCUGCGGCGAGCUUGACAUCCUCGAGACCGUCAACGGCCAGCUGACAGGCUACGGCACCGUCCACUGCGACACCUACCCCAACGGAGCCUGCAACGAGCCCAACGGCAUCGGCGGCACGACAGCCAUCCCGGACCAGGGAUGGCACACCUGGCGCAUGCAAUGGGACCGCCGCUCCAACAACUGGCAGACCGAGACCAUCACCUGGUUCCGCGACGGGCAGCAGUUCCACCAGAUCAGCGGCGCGAGGAUCGGCAGCGAGGGUAUCUGGAACUCGCUGGCCCACGCCCCCCUGUACUUUAUCCUGAAUGUCGCCGUUGGCGGUAACUGGCCCGGCAACCCAGACGGCUCUACCGUCGGCGGAUGGGGCAGCUUGAUGGAGACCGCCUACGUCGCCGUCUACCAGUCUCAGUAGGCACCAGAGCCCUCCAGGUCUCUUUUUUCUUUUUUCAACCACCCCCGCUGGACCUCUGGAUAUUGUGUAUACUUCUUCGGGAUAUUGUAUGUUGCUGCUCAUGCAGCCAUGCCAUUCGUUGUAUAUAUAUGUCUUGUGCAUACUUAGAUACAGACCCCCUCUGUCGAUCGCGUAGUAUAUAAACAAUUACACUCAUUGAACUACCACAGAGCCUUGAUCAAUCUUGGCCGCAUGAGUACUACACGUGCUUCGACGGGCACAGUGAAUGAAAGCAAUGAAUGAUGAAUAUAUAUAUAUAUAUAUAUAUAUAUAUAUAUAUAU